CGAGUUCUUUACCCUUCGCAAAGUUUUACAGUUUCAUCAUUUACUUCAUGCUCGUUAUGGUUGCCAAGAGGAGGUUGGAGAGCAUUGUUGUAGCGUGGUGGGCUGGUCAUGUUUUUCGGGGUAUUUUUUAUGGCCUUUGAAAUGGUUAGCUUUGCAAGAGUGAUCUCGCUCCCGGCUCUUUUAUGGGCAACAGGAUGGAUGUCUACAGCUUAACGGCCAUUGUAUUCGUCUCCUUUACUUCCUCUGUUGGGACAUUCACCACUUUACAAAUCAAAAAAGAAAAUAAAUAUUUUACUAUGACCUUUCUGUCACUCGCCGAAAAUUUUUCAUACCCAUCAAUAAAGCAAUGUCAUCUAAUCCAAAUUUAUGUCCGUAUUAAACAACAUAUUCCGCCGCUGCACAACCAUAUAACUUCAAUACUCUGAUUCAAAAUGUGAAGGAUUCAAGAAUAUUAUAUUGAAAUCUGUUUUUUCUUUAAUAAAAAGGCAAGAAUUACAUCUGAAAUAUACAAUGAC